AUGGGGUGCGUCUGCGGUAAACCACCAACGAGAGAUGGCGACGAGGAGGGAGGAACAUCCAAGGAGACAGCGGCGGCGGGGAAGCCAGCUGGGGGUCGUACGGCGCCACCAGAGCACCGGCGCAGCGUGAUUCCGCCGUAUGUGCCGCCGUCCCCCGGGAGCUGCCCCCGGUGGCCGGCGUGGCUCACGGAGGUGGCCGGUGAGGCGAUCCAAGGGUGGGCUCCUCGCCGCGCCGACUCCUUCCAGAAACUCUCCAAGGUGACCUCUUUCUCUCUCCUCUGCUUCGUGGGUUCGUCCUCUUCAUUCAUCUUCUCUCCGGUCGGUUUCCCUCUCCAGAUCAUCAUCAUCUCUCUCUCCCUCUCUCUUUACUCUGCUUCGUGGGAUCAUCCUCUUCGAUAAGAGCUCUUCUUUCUCCGGAUCAUGCAUCUUUCGCCAGUACCCAUCUGCGAAUUUCAUCCCGAGAUCGUAUUCAAUACUGAAACUCGCUCGUCCAUGUUCUUCCCCUCAGAUUGCCCCCUCCCUCCCUCUCUCUCUCGAUAUAUGUACAUCUCUCUCUAGAGUAUUUUUCUGAGAGAAAUAAAUGAUCUGUGGGUGUGGGCUGGGGGUAUUAGAUUGGGCAGGGGACGUACAGCAACGUGUACAAGGCGAGGGAUCUGGAGACGGGGAAGAUGGUGGCGCUGAAGAAGGUGAGGAUGGACAGCGUGGAGCCGGAGAGCGUCAAGUUCAUGGCGAGGGAGAUCGCGCUGCUGCGGCGCCUCGACCACCCGAACGUCAUCAAGCUCGAGGGCCUUAUCAUCUCCCGCGUCUCCAGCAGUAUCUACCUCAUCUUCGAGUACAUGGAGCACGACCUCUCCGGCCUCCUUUGCUCCCCCGACCUCUCCUUCUCCUUGCCCCAGGUACCCCACACCUACACCCUCCCCCCCUCUCUCUCUCUCCUCUCCACUCUCUCUCUCCUCUCUCUUUCUCUCUCUCCCUCUCCUCCAUUAUACGACCUCUUAAGUAAGGUGUCAUCAUUCACCGUGACUAUAAACCGAUGAUCAUCGCGGGAGUGAAGUCAAAGCUGUUGACUUUCCCAUGGGCAGCUGAGUUGCUCUAGUGAUUCCACGUCAUUAAAGAAAACCGACAAACUAUUGGGGAGUUCCAUCUCCAGGAAUUUGGAUGCAUAUAGGAACUUCUUGAGCUAUCAUGAUGGGUGGAAGGUCGAACGGGUUGACUUUACCUGUGGCAUGGCAACAAUUAUGGCGAAAAAUUAAGAAAGACUCGAUCUUGAUGGAAUGUAUUCGAGAUGGGACUGUUCAUCCAUCUUCUUCUUCAACCUGAGCAGAUCAAGUGCUUCAUGAAGCAGCUGCUCCAGGGGCUGGAGCACUGUCACAGCCAUGGCGUCAUGCACCGGGACAUCAAGGGCGCUAACUUGCUGGUCAACAACGCCGGCGUCCUCAAGAUUGCAGACUUCGGGCUCGCCCUCCGCCGCCACCCCGGCGACCGCCGCCCGUUGACCAGCCGGGUGGUCACCCUCUGGUACCGCCCCCCCGAGCUCCUCCUCGGCGCCACCAGCUACGGCUUCGACGUUGACCUCUGGAGCGCUGGCUGCAUCAUGGCGGAGCUCCUCUCCGGCCGCCCCAUCCUCCCCGGCAGAACCGAGGUAUCCUCUUCUUCUUCCCCUCUCUCUCUCUCUCUCUCUCUCUCUCUCUCUCUCUCUCUCGCUAUCUAUUUAUCUUUCUCUCUCUCUUUCUGACAUUCGGCGCCGCUGGUUGUUGUUGAAGGUGGAGCAGCUGCAUAGGAUCUUCAAGCUGUGCGGGUCACCGCCGGGGGACUACUGGAGGAAGCUGAGGCUGCCGAGGACGGCGAUGUUCAGCACGCAGCAGAGCUACAAGAGCAGCAUAGCGGAGACCUUCAAGGAUUUCCCCCCUCACUCUCUCUCUCUCAUCGAGACGCUGCUCUCCCUCGACCCGGCCGACCGGGGGACGGCCACGUCUGCCCUGGACAGUGAGGUCAGAAUCAUGGGCUUGAGUUUCUCCUCUCUGUCUGUCUGUCUCUCUCUCUCUCUCUCUCUCUCUCUCUCUCUCUCUAUCUAUCUAUCUAUCUAUCUCUAUCUCUAUCUCAGUGUGCUGUGUAUUCUGGGUGCAGUUCUUCAGGGUGAGCCCCCUCGCUUGUGAGCCAUGGAGCUUGGCUCAAUAUCCCCCCACGAAGGAGCUGGAUGUGAAGCUGAGAGAAGAACAGUCUAGAGGGUAUGCAUCUGCUCUCUAUCUCUCUGUCUACCUCUCUAUCUCUAUCUAUUUACUUCUUCUCCGUCCGCCUCAGGAAAAGGAGUGAUAACAAGGAGAAGGGAGGGGGAUCAAAGAAGCCUCCCCGACCGCAGAAUCGCCGCCGGGCAAGGCCGGCGCCGGAAGCAAAUGCGGAAUUGCAGACCAACAUCGACGUAUGUGAAUCUGAACUCCUCGCUCCACUCACUCUCGAUCUCCUAUUUCGGCCCAUUUUUUCUUCUUUCGGAAAUCCGCGCUGACUAUCUCCGACAGAAGAAACUCCUCGGAUCCCCACCUCCCAAGAAUCGAUCUUUCUUGUGUUCAGAAUUCGCGGGUUUUCAUUGGCUUCCUCAGGAUUAUCUUCUUCUUUCAUCUUUUUUGGCAAAAAACAAAACAUGUUGGGGGAUUUCUUCUGAUCAACUCCUGUUCUUGUCUGCAGCGGCGGCGGCUGAUGGCUCAGAUGAACGUGAAGAGCAAGAGCGAGAAGUUCCCGCCGCCGCAUCGCGACGGCGCCGUCGUCGACCAGCCGGAAGAAGCGCCGCCAGACCGCCGCCACAUGACCUUCGUUGUGCCCGAGGGAUCAUUCGACUCGUCGGUCUUCGAUCCCAAGAACCUGCCGGAGUACGCAUUCCCCCGGGCCGCUGCCGGGUAUUCGAAGCCAGGGCGGCCGCCGUUCCUCUGGGGGCCCUACCGGAGGAAGAGCAAGUCGGUGAAGACGGACGCCCAGGUGGCGCCGGCGCAGAUUUUCGGCUUGUCGGAGCCUGUGAAGGGCGAGAGGGUCCACCGGAGGGUCAAGGGGAAGGAGAUCGAGGCCUCUGCGGGCGGCGGCGGACUAUGA